UUCAAACAUGGGGUGGACUGUCCAGGUCUUUGUGGCUCUCCUGAACAUUGUAUGGAUUAUCUUCUUUUUAACACCCGAACCGUUCUCAGUGUUCGUACAGAGAAGAAGCACUAAUGAGGAGGAUCAGUAUUCAGAGUUUUGUAUUGAGCUUCCACCGGUCAAAAUCCCCUCCAAUAAAACCAACAACACCAAAACAACAUCGCAAGGUAGUCCUCCUGAACAGGAACCGACGACUCCUGGUAUUCCUCCUGAACAGGAAGCGACGACUCCGGGUAGUCCUCCUGAACAGGAAGCGACGACUCCGGGUAGUCCUCUUGAACAGGAAGCGGCGACUCCGGGUAUUCCUCCUGAACUGGAAGCGACGACUCCGGGUAGUCCUCCUGAACAGGAAGCGACGACUCCGGGUAGUCCUCUUGAACAGGGAGCGGCGACUCCGGGUAAUCCUCCUGAACAGGAACUUACAACUCCGGGUAGUCCUCCUGAACAGGAACCGACGACUCCGGGUAAUCCUCCUGAACAGGAAGUGACGACUCCAGGUAUUCCUCCUGAACUGGAAGCGACGACUCCGGGUAGUCCUCCUGAACUGGGACCGAAGACUCCGGGUAGUCCUUCUGAACUGGGACCGACGACUCCAGGUAGUCCUCCUGUACAGGAAGCGACGACUCCGGGUAGUCCUCCUGAACAGGAAGCGACGACUCCGGGUAGUCCUCCUGAACUGGGACCGAAGACUCCGGGUAGUCCUCCUGAACUGGGACCGACGACUCCAGGUAGUCCUCCUGAACUAGGACCGACGACUCCAGGUAGUCCUCCUGAACUGGGACUGGCCUCCAGAGACGACACUUCAGCCUUUAAGUUGAAUGUUUCCAAAUGCUGCUUUAAAUUUUUCCACAUGAGACUACGUCUAAAAAACAUAAAGGGAUACAGAAAAUUACACCCCAAGUGCCCUAUUCAAGGCAUUAUAUUCGUUACAACCAAUGGCCACGAGAUCUGUGUUAAUCCACAUGAUGAAUGGGUUAAGAAACUUGUGAGAGCCAUUGAUGAAAAAUGAAAAAAAAAAAAGACUACUGAAUGGAG